CAUCUCUCCAUUUGGUGCAACCGUUAGAAUGGCUUUCCCCUUGGUUGUCAAUAAGAAUUCGGUCAAGUCUUUGGCGUCUUGGUGGCUAUCUAACGAAUCAUCUCUGAAUUAUGUUGGGCUCACUCCAAAAAGUGGGCGUGGGAAGGUGUUUAUUGAUAUGCAUAGUCCAGGUAUCAUUGUUGGAAUGCCGUUUGUGGAUGCCAUUCUGAAGGAAAGCAGUUGUGAGAUCGAAUGGCAUGUGUGUGAGGGUCAAACAGUGAAGUUAUGCCCGACACGGGUUGCAACAGUCACUGGAGCUAAUGAAGACAUAUUCUUCUGUGAGAAUCUGGUCAUAUCUGUACUAUCUAGAGCUAGUGGUAUUGCAUCUCUUGCCAGCAGAAUCCAGACAAUUUUACACGAAAAUUCAUGGUCAGGUACAAUUUACAUGCCUGACCGACGAACACCAGGAUUCGGUCUUGUUGAAGAGUAUGCAAUGAUGAUAUCGGGAGUGUCUGAACGAAGGCCCUCUGUCAGUGUGCGAUGUCAGGAUAUGGAUUCUGGCAAUUUAAAAAUAGCCAUAGACGAAGUUCGUUCCAGAGUUGGUUCCAUCCCUGUACAUGUUGUCUGUUCUAAAUUGGGUGAGGCAUGUUUGGCUGCUGGGGCUGGAGCUGACAUAUUACUCACUGGCUUGUGUGCUAAGGAAGCUGUAGAUAUCGCUUCACAGGUGAAAGGAAGCUUUCCUAAGGUUCAAGUGAUUGUUAGCGGCUUUUUUGACGAAUUGGACAUGAAAGUGUGUGCAUCGCGCUAUGUGGACCUCUUAACUUCCUUGAAACUAUGCAACGGUUACGCAUGCAUCGACUAUCAGAUGACGUAUGUCGAAAGUAUAUCUUCUACAGCCGAGUUGCAGUCGACAAAUCUAACUGUGAUACCAGAUGAAGGUGAAUCAUCUUCUCCUUCAAAACCAAAGUCACCCGGCCCCCAACCCACUGAAGAAGUGGAUAGCUCAAUAUCUUCGCCACUAAAGAAGCCUCGCUUAGUCGAUGAUGAGGGAGAUACCCCUAAAUCAGCUAAGCUCAAUGGUACUCCGAACCGCAACACCAAUCCAACGGCCUCAGAUCCGAAUUGGUCCACUGUUUCCAAUGCGCCUAAUGCACAAAGUCAGAAGCGUUCUCAGCGAGUUCUUCGACAUCCUCAGUACACACCACCACAAAGAUCAAAUGUCGCUCGAUCGCAAUCACCCGGUGGCCUGCAGUUCUUCAACAUGGCAAACCCACGACUCAUAUCUCCAACAUCUACAGCCUCACGACCCCCAGCUAUGCUAUUACAACCCGGGUUGAAUCUUGGUAACCAAGUAUCGGGAGUGCUCAACCCAUCUAACAACCAACAAAACAUUGGUAUGCGCUUCCCAGUAGUACCACCACAACUACAGCAAUCACAAUCUAUGUCACAACGUAUGUCGUCUAACCCUCCAAACAUGCUUGGCUCGAACCAGCCAAUUGCUGGUGGGUUUUUGAACCAAAUCCAGCCCCCACCCAACAACAGUCAACCUCCAAACUGGCAAAUGAUACAAGGCGGGGCUGGUGGACAUCCUAUGGGCGGAUUAGGAUUGGGGAUGCGUGUUGGAGGACCAAAUAUGAACAGCUGUCGGUCAUGUGGGACUCCGAAUCCUCCUUCGAUGCCUUUCUGUCGGAAUUGUCGAGCCGGGCUUCGCUAACAACAAUGUGUUUGUUUACGUGGGACUAUGGUACCUCACUCAUUAUGCAAUAUCUGUGUUUACUUACAAUUGCUUUCAUAUUCUGAAGUGUUUUGGGAUUAGGAACGAAAAAGUGUCUUUGAGAUGCUCGAAAUCAAUAACCGC